AUGGACAAAGAUAAAAUUUCUUCAGCUAUGAUUAUGUUAAUCGUUUUAAUGUUAAAAUCUAUCCACUUUGUUUCUGGUACAGACAAUCCUAUAGAUACAUAUUGUCCGGAUAACUUUCCACUUUACACUUCCAACACUUCAUUCGACAAGAAUCUCAAGCUUCUCAUGGAAACUCUCUCCUCCAACAUAGUAGCUUCAAACACAAGUUUCUUCAACAAUACAUCAACAGGAGAAGGACUAGAAAAGGUGUAUGGACAAGCACUAUGCAGAGGGGACAUAACAAAUUCCACAGUUUGUAAAGAAUGUGUUGAGAAAGCAAGUGAGGAAUUAAUGAAUAGGUGUAAGAGUGAGGAUGCAAUGAUAUGGUAUGAACUUUGUCAAGUUCGGUAUUCGUUUCAGAUGUUCUUUACAAACACGGUUUAUACUGGAAAGUAUCCAAAGCAGAAUGAUUUAGAGAAGCGCGUUUCAGAUCCUACUAGUUUUCAACAGGUUUUGAAUUAUUUAAUGAAUAAUAUCUCAAAUGAGGCUGCUUUUAGUCCUUCCAAGAACAUGUUUGCAACAGCGGAAAUCAAAUUUUCUGUCAAGAAAAGAAUUUAUGGACUUGUCGAAUGUACAAAGGACAUUUCUGAAACUGAAUGCAGAAGUUGUUUGAGUUCUGCAAUCACAGAACUCAACCAAUGCUGCUCAUACAGGGAAGGAGGGAUUAUUGUUAGUCGCAAUUGCAACGUUAGAUUCGAUCUGUUUGAGUUUUUUAACGCUUCUUCAUCAUCAGCAUCCCUUUUGAUUUUCCCAACUUCCAAAGAAGGAAAAUGGAAGCCUUGGAUGUUUAUUUUGACUAUAAGCAGCUCAGUUUUAACAUUAGCAGCUAUUGUUGGGUUGUGCACUACUUGCCUCAGGAAGAAAAAGGACAGAGAAAUAGAUGAAGAAAGAAGCGAAAGGACGCUAUUACAAGAGUUUUCUAGCCCUAAGAACGUAGCAGUCACACAAGAAGGCCAACUGGUUAGUUCUGAUGUAAUGAUGUUUAUGACCUUGGCCACCAUUAAGGCGGCUACCGGUGACUUUUCGGAUAUGAAUAAGUUGGGACACGGAGGGUUUGGUGUGGUCUACAAGGGUGUUCUACCAGAUGGUAGUGAAAUAGCAGUUAAGAGAUUGUCGAGAAAGUCUUGGCAAGGUAUAGAAGAAUUAAAAAACGAGGUCAUUCUAAUAGCUAAACUUCAACACAAGAAUUUGGUGAGAUUGUUGGGAUGUGUCUUAGAAGGAGAUGAAAAGAUGCUCAUAUAUGAACUCAUGUCAAAUAGAAGCCUUGAUCAAUUUAUAUUCGAUCCAAACAAACGUCCUAAACUUGAUUGGAACACAUGCUAUGGCAUCAUCGGCAGCAUAGCAAGAGGACUACUUUAUCUACACGAGGAAUCUCGGCUUAAAAUCAUUCAUCGUGACCUAAAGCCAAAUAAUGUGUUGUUAGACCAUGAACUAGUAGCAAAAAUAUCAGAUUUUGGUAUGGCGAGGAUGUUUUCUGAGAAUCAGAAUACAGCAAACACAAAAAGAGUUGUUGGAACACAUGGCUAUAUGGCUCCAGAAUAUGCAAUGGAGGGACUAUUCUCAGUGAAAUCUGAUGUCUUCAGCUUUGGCGUAAUUAUGCUUGAAAUAAUAAGUGGAAAAAGAAAUAGUGGAUUUUACAUAACUGGACUUGCCCCGACUCUAUUGGCAUAUGCUUGGAGGAUGUGGAAUGAUAGAAAAGGAUUAGAAGUUGUGGAUCCUAUAUUAUUGGAAUCAUGUAUUGAUUCUGAAACCGAAGUUCUUCGGUGCAUUCAUAUUGGGCUCUUGUGUGUGCAGGAAGAUCCGCAACACAGGCCCACCAUGUCAAAUGUUAUGGUUCUCCUAGGAAGUGAAUCAAUGGUUCUUCCACAGCCAAGACAACCAGCAUUUUCUUUAGGUAAGAUGAUUCGCGUAGAUCCUUCUACAUCGACAAAUCGUUCGGCUAAUGAGAGUAUAUGGUCUAGUAUUUCACCACGAUAA